AUGUCUAGAGCUGAUAAAUAUGAGAAAAUCGAACGUAUUGGAGAAGGCACUUAUGGUACCGUCUAUAAAGCUCGUAGUUUACUAACACAAGAAAUUGUAGCUUUAAAAAAAGUUCGACUUGAUGAUGAAGAUGAUGGUGUACCGAGUUCAGCAUUACGUGAAAUUUGCCUUUUAAAAGAAUUACGUCAUCCAAAUAUUGUCAGAUUAUUAGAUGUUAUUCAUACUGAGAAAACUUUAAACCUUAUAUUUGAAUAUUGUGAUCAAGAUUUAAAAAAAUAUUUUGACUCAUGUAAUGGAGACAUUGAUUCAACAACAGUACAAUCAUUUUUUUGGCAAUUAUUACAAGGUUUAUCAUAUUGUCAUGAACAUAGUGUACUUCAUCGUGAUCUUAAACCACAAAAUUUAUUAUUGACAAAGAAUGGAGAAUUAAAAUUAGCUGAUUUUGGUUUAGCAAGAGCUUAUGGUAUUCCUGUUAAAUGUUAUUCAUCAGAAGUUGUUACUCUUUGGUAUCGUCCACCAGAUGUUUUAUUUGGUGCAAAAAUUUAUACAACUUCAAUUGAUAUAUGGUCUGCUGGAUGUAUAUUUGCUGAAUUAGCAAACGGUGGAAAACCUUUAUUUCCGGGAGAAAGUGUUGACGAUCAGUUAAGAAGAAUAUUCAAAGUAAUUGGAACACCAACUGAAGAAACUUGGCCGGGUGUUUCAAGUCUUCCUGAAUAUAAACCAUUUUCAAUUUAUCAACCAACACUAUCACUUAUUCAUUUUGUUCCUAAACUGAAUAAUAAAGGCAAAGAUCUUUUACUGGUAAAUAUUUAUCUUUUAAUAUUUAUUCAUUCUUCGAAUUAA